AUGAGCAAAAUUCGACAAGUAAAAAAUCAGCAAGAACUAAAAAAAGCUCUUCAAAUUCUAGGACAAGGAAUUGGACCGGUCCAUAUUAACGAAAAGGGAGAAAUAAUUAUUUUUGACGAAAAAAUUAAAAAAGAAUUCAGUAUAGGAAAAUUAAAAUCAAUCAACCAAGCUCCCAAAAAUGAAAUUAAACAAGUCAAAAAAUCUUACGGCAUAAAUAAAAUUAUUGGCAGCAUUCAAAGUAAAGGUAAAUAUGUGGUAGGUUUUGAAAGUCCUGAUAAAAAAUUGGUAGAAAAGGACAUAAAAGAAUCGAAAAUAGGGGAAAAAACUUGUCAGUUUCUAACUAGACAGCAGUUAUCGCCGCAAUUCAAAUUUUCUACACAAAUUAAAGUAUUAUCUACUCAUGAGAAAUUUGUUAAUCGAUUGGGUGAAGUGAUGCGGAAAAUUAGGGGAAUAAGCAUGCUUUCUUUAAUAGAAUAUAUUAAAUACCGAAAGCGGUAUACAUAUGGUGGUAGCGGUAAAAUUAUAUAUAUGAAAACUGAAAAACAAAAAUUCAAAGAGUUCUUAAAAAAAGCGGAAGACCCCAACUACCAAAGAGAAAUAAAUAAAAGUUUGCCGGAAAAUCCGUCUUCUUUACAAGUAGCCAAAUUUAAGCUUUGUAAAAAAAUCCUUGGUUAUAAGUUAGAUAAUAAUUUAACUAGAGAACAAAUUGCCGACAAGAUUCAAUUAAGCAAAGCGGAAACCGAGGAUAUUUUGUUUUGUGAAAUUGAAAAAUUUACUCUUGACCGCUUGACUGAAUAUGCGAGUAAUUAUUAUCAAACUAAACCUGGUAGAGAAAUGAUUACUAGUGAAUUGGUUUUAGAAUUAUUAACUAAGUUAAACAAAGAAAUUUUGGAACCAAUGGAAUAUGAUGGUGAUCGGGAACCAUAUGAAUGA